AUGGCUGAUACCACCACCCACGAACACGUCGCCGCCGCCCAAGAGGUUGAUGUCCCCGCCCCCGCCCCCGCCGCAGCUGAGACGACCGAACCCGAGGCAACGUUUUCGACCGCCGUCGAGCCCUCGGAUGCACCUGUCCUGCAUGCGGAUGAUGCGCCUGCUGCUGCUGAGGCGACUGAGGCGACUGUGGCCCCUACCGAGGAGACAUCUGCCGAAGCCCCCGCUGCAGGAGAGGAGGCUGCUGCCGAAGGCGCCAACGACUCCCCCCCAGUUUCGGCUGGAUCGGACAAGAAGCAGAAAUCCUGGAUUUCCAAGUUGACUGGCAGCUUCAAGAAGCUUGGUGAUAAGAAGCCCAAGACUGAGAAGGCUGCCGAUGCCCCCGCCGGUGAGGAAGAUGCCACUGCUGCCGCGACCGAGACUGAUGCUGCCGCUCCUGAAACUACCCCAGAGAUCACCGUCGACGACACCGCUGCUGCUGCGCCCGCUGCGACUGAGGCUGAGGCUCCUGCUGCUGAGGCUGCUGUUGCUCCUGAGGCCACCGCUGAGGCUGCCGCAGAGAAGGCCGCAGAGGAUACUUCCGCUGCAGGAGGCGAGGCUGCCGCUCCCGCACCUGUGAAAUUGGCCAAGCGCCUCUCUUUCAACUUCUUCAACAAGAAGUCCAAGGCUGAAAAGGAAAAAGAGAAGACUGUCGCCGCUACCCCCGCACCCGUGGCUGAGGCUGCAACAGAGGGCGAGGCUGAGGCUGAGGCUGAGGCUGAGACUGAGGCUGCUGCUCCUGCUGCAGAGGUCGCUGCCAUUACCGAGGAGGCUGCACCCUCAACCCCCACCAAGGAUGCCGCCCCUGUCAUCGAGACGACUGAGGUCCCUGCAGAGGCAGCUGUCGAGAACACUGCCGUGUCUGCUGCCCAUUAA